AUCAACGCUCCGUUCAAAUGUGCACUUUUUUUUCAGUUCCAAUCGCAUCUUGCUUAACACUGAUAAGAAAGAAACCGCUUGUGCUACAAUCAUUUUUGCUAUCGAUGAUUGUUGGUGCCAUAGCGGAUCUGAUCAACGUCAGACAAGAUGGUCUUCGAUUGCUCCUUUGCGUUCUUGCUGGAUAUCCGCUGGCUGCAAUCCACCGAAGUUUUCUAUACAAUAAAUCCGCGCAGGUUCAACAUAUAGCAUUUGUGUUCAUCGGAGUCGUUCUGUAUCUUUUCAACAGCGGUGUCGAUGCGGUUCAUGGAUUCAUCGGAGUACUCAUGGCCUAUGGAAUUGUUCGGUUUCUUGGUGGAACGCGUGGAUCAGUGGUUGCCGCACAUGUCUGCUUUUUGGGCUAUUUGCUCGUGGGCUACUGGUAUGUCGAGUCGGAAGCCUAUGACAUCACUUGGACUACACCAUACUGCAUCAUGACGUUGCGAUUUACAGGAUUGGUUAUGGAAAUUUACGAUGGAGCGCAUUUCGCCAAACUGAAAGCAGAUCAGAAGGAAACUGCUAUUAGAGAUAAACCAGGACUGCUCGAACUUGCUGCUUUUGGUUUGUUCUAUACGGGCACAUUUGCUGGACCACAAUUUACUCUGAGUAGAUUUCGUAAUUAUGUGAACGGGCAUUGGCUGAAUGAGAAUAAAGAACCAAAGCAGUCUGCGCUGAUGCCUUCGUUAGGCCGCUUUAUCGCUGGUUGUACCUAUAUGGUGUUGAAUCAGUGGGGAGCUGUAUGGGUUCCAAAUAGCUUCUUCAACUCGCAGGAAUUUUUCAAUAUGCCAUUUCUUUGGCGGUGGACAUGGGCUAUGAUUUGGUUUCGUUUAACAAUGUUCCGCUAUUGUGCUAUGUGGUUGAUCACGGAAGGAGCUGCCAUUCUCAAUGGUAUUGGUUACAAUGGUAAAGACGAACAUGGAAAUGAUAGAUGGGAUGGUGUGCGUGACGUGCAUAUAUGGUUGUGGGAAACUGGUCAUGACUUUUCCUCAGUCAUCUCGUCCUUCAACUGUGGAACCAACACGUUUGCAAAAAAUCACAUAUUUCGACGUCUACGAUGGUUGGGUAGUCGAGCCGCUGCUCAUCUUGUCACUUUGAGUUAUCUAGCUAUCUGGCAUGGUUAUCACCUUGGUUACUUUUUCUUGUUUCUUUUCGAAUUUGGAUGCAUGAUUGCUCAAGAACAGCUAUACUCGCUGAUCAAUGACACUCCCGGAUGGGCAGAGUUCAAUGCGAAGCCAGCUGUUAGGCCAUUCGUAUGGUUUUUCGGACGCCUUGUUAUUCAAUACUUUAUGGGUUUCAUUUUUCUAUGUAUGGGACUGUUGAAGACAAAAUAUUGGAUAGGGCCAGUCAAGUCGCUAUAUUUCGUUGGUUUUAUUCUGGUCUUCGCUGUGUGGCCAGUUCUUCACUACACGCUAAGGAGGAUACUGCCAAAGAAGACAGACCACUUGAAAUCAGAAAAAAAUAACUUGAACAACGCAGCUCCGAAUAAAAAAGAGUUGUGAUGUAUAGCCUUCUUAGGAUUUUGUUAUUAUAGUUGUUUUUGCACUGCAAAUCAUUUUUGAAAAACUCAUGGUUGUGUAAUAAAGUCCUCCUCCUUU